AUGGCCGAUUUUCAAGGUGAAAGAACAAACGUGACACCGAUUGUCACACCCGUUGAGAGAUCCAUGAUUUCUAGAACAGAUCGUACAAAAGAGCGAUAUGAUGAAACAGGCGCAAGACUGGUUGCAGGGAUUGUUCCUCUUUCUUCAGCUAAGACACAUCCGGGAUAUCCGGAAAGAAAGUAUAUUUUGUGUAUCAGUUCUACCAAUAACAAACAAUCAUGGGUUUUACCAAAAGGUGGGUGGGAAAUUGAUGAGUUGAUUGAAGAAGCAGCAUUGCGUGAGGCUUGGGAAGAAGCUGGGAUUGUUGGCAAAAUUACCUGUUCGCUUGGAAUGAUGCAUGAUCCUCGUCCAGCAAAAACAUUUCAAAGAGCAGUAAAAUAUGUAAUGCAAGAAAAUCAUCCAUAUAUGUUUCAUGAUUCGUGCAUUCCUCCUCGUGCAGUGUUUCAAUAUUUUGAAUUAGAUGUUGAGCGUCUUGAAGAUGAAUACCCUGAGAUGAACAAGCGUAUACGUAAAUGGAUGACUUAUUCGGAAGCAAAAGAAGCUUUAGCAUGGCGAUUGGAAAUGGUUGAAGCAUUGGAACGAAGCUCAAUUCUUAAAUUUUGAGCAACAAUUUGUCUUAUUAAUAUAUUGAUCCGUCUCAACAUGUGUAAAUACU